AAAGAUUAAUUACAUAAGUGCCACUACCACAAAAUCUUGCAGGGUUUAUCAAACACUUGUUCCGAAUGAUUCAUCUUCUUCUUCUUCUUCUUCUCCGAUCUCAUGUUAUUGGGGGAUUUCGUUCUAGGCCUUGAUUCGAUUUUGUUAACUGUUGUAAAUGUGAAAAAACAAUGGCUUUAAAGGCGAAGAAAAGCUUAAGCGCGAUAUUUCGCUUUGCGAUGAGAAACGCUGCCAAAACUGCCGAAGUUGAAGCCAAAGCCGUAGCCGGAGAUUCUCUGAUUUCAGACACUGGACCAGUGUCAAUGUCUUUAAUACCGGAUUUUCUCUCAUCGCUUAAGUCUCCGGAAGAUUCUUCCAACAUUGGUCAAGAUUUUGGUGAACCGGCACUUGCGGGUCAGGUCUCGUCUGCGUUAGAUGUUAAAUCUAUUGGAUAUAAUCUUCUUCGAGAAAGAAAUGGCGAGAAAGUUUUUCCGAAGAACGUAUUGGAAACCUUAGAUUUACUGUCUAGGAAAGGUUGUUCGUCGCAAAAGCCAAAGCAGGCUUCACGUGGUAGGAUGCUGACAGAAAAUUACCAGAACAAACAGUCUGAGAUUAUGGAGAAGCUUGCCAAGGGAUGUGUUCGGAAGUUGGGAACUGAGACUAUGUUUGAGGUGUUGACUAAAAUGGGGAAAGAAGCGGGUGAGAAAGAAUACAAUGCAAUGACUAAACUUUGCAUACAACGUGCGAGGAGAAGCAAUGAUGCAGAAUAUGCUCUUGAUCAAAUUGGGAAGGCUAUUGAACAUCUCAAAGAAAUGAGACAGCUUGGAUUCUCUAUUGGAGAAGGAGCUUAUGGCCCUUUUUUUAAGUACUUAGUUGAUAUGGAAAUGGUAGCGGAGUUCCAAAUUCUCAAGGAUUUUAUUAAGGAGGCAUGUCCUGAGUCUUGUGGGAGACUUGUCUACUAUGAAAUGCUUCUUUGGAUCCAAGUCAACGACGAAGAGAAGAUCCACAAACUUUGCAAUAAAGUUGAUGAUAGUGGGCUAAGUUUAUCAAUCCUACAAGAAUAUUAUUUGGUUGCACUGUGCGAGAAAGACAGUAAGGAAAAUUUUCAGAAGCUGUUAGAAAUUGUCGACAUAACAACAGUAUCUUCACCAGACGCAUUGAAGAGCAUAUUUGGAUACCUUGGAAAAUCGCUGUUGGAGUCUGUUGCAAUGAAGCUACUUUGGGAACUAAGAGACUGUCGUAAAGAUGGAGUGGAGACAGUUUCAAAUCUCAUAUUCAGCUAUGCAACCUGCAUCCCAAAUUCAACGGUAGAGGAUGCCAUUUUCAAGUUUAACAAGUUGCAUGAAGAACUAGAUAUCGUGCCUUCAUCUACAUCUUAUGAGAAUCUUGUCAGUUAUCUUUGUGGCUCAAAUGAGGUGGUCACUGCUCUUGAUAUAGUUGAAAAUAUGUGUGAAGCAGGUCUGGUAAUAUCAGCAAACAUCCUGCACUCAUUGUUACAGGCCAUUGAGCAGAUUCUUGAGUUUAAUUUGGUGCAAAGAAUCUAUUCAAUAAUGAGCAACAAGAGUGUGAAGCCAAAUAGUGAGACUUUCAGGAAAUCUAUAAAUUUGUGCAUAAGAAUCAAAGAUUUUGAAGGUGCAUAUAACAUGCUUGGUAAUUUAAAGAAUUUCAAUUUGGCACCGAACUCUAGCAUGUACAAUUCUAUAAUGGCAGGAUAUUUCCGGGAGAAAAAAGUGAACAGUGCCUUAAAGGUCCUCAAGGAAAUGAAAGAAGCUGAUGUUAAACCUGAUUCGGUGACUUUUAGCUAUCUAAUAAACUAUUGUGGCGAGGAGGCGACUAUUGCGAAGUAUUAUAAGGAGAUGAAGCAAGCAGGAGUUGAAGUUAAUAAGCACGUUUACAUGUCCCUUGUUAAAGCAUAUGCAUCAUGCGGACAGUUUGAAAAGGCAAAACAGGUGCUCAUGGACCUGGAAGUUCCGGCUAAGGAUCACAAUGAGCUGAAAAGUGUACUUAUAUCUGCUCUGGCAUCAAAUGGAAAUAUAACAGAGGCUUUAAGUAUUUAUGAAGAAAUGAAGAAACUCCGCUGCCCCGUAGAGCCAAAAGCUAUCUUAUCUCUUAUAGAGAACUCUGAUUCAAACGCAGAGCUGGGAACGUUGGUUGAACUCACUCAUGAGCUGCGUGAUUCUAAAUUUUGGAUAGAUGGUUUCUUCAAAAUUAUCGUGUUUGCUGUUCGCAACAAUAGAUCAAGCUCUAUUCUGGAUUUGUUAGAGCAGACCAAAAACCACUUGUCCAAGGAUGACGUCGGUGUGGAAUAUUGGUUUGAAGAGGUGUUUAAGUCAAUAGCGGAAACAGAGUCUAGUGAUGUGAAGGUAGGGCUGGACUUGGUGAGUUUUAUGAAAGAAGAGCUUGAGUUAUGUCCUUCAAGAAAAUGUCUGGAUUUUCUUCUACAUGCUUGUGUCAAUGCCAAAGAUAAGCAGAGCGCUCUACUGGUAUGGGAAGAGUACCAAUGUGCAGAACUUCCUUACAAUGUCAUCAACUAUUUAAGGAUGUAUCAGGUUCUAGUAGCUGCAGGAGAUUCGAAAAGUGCAGAGGCAAUAGUAUCAAAGAUUCCUAAUGAUGAUAAAGAUGUCAAAUGUAUAAUUAAAGAAAGCCGUAUUGUAUUUACUCCAAAACUGAAGAAGAAAAAGAAAAAGUCUAAACAGAAAGGAUUAUCUCUUCAAGCAAAGUAG